AUGGCUAUGCAAGCAGCUAAACGCGCGAACAUACGACUCCCCCCAGAGGUCAACAGAAUCCUCUACAUUAGGAACCUUCCCUACAAAAUCACAGCAGAGGAAAUGUAUGAUAUCUUUGGGAAAUAUGGACCAAUACGUCAAAUCAGAACAGGCAACACACCUGAAACAAGAGGAACGGCCUAUGUGGUUUACGAAGAUAUUUUUGAUGCCAAAAAUGCUUGCGAUCACCUCUCAGGCUUCAACGUCUGCAACCGGUACCUGGUGGUGCUCUACUACAAUGCAAACAGGGCAUUCCAGAAAAUGGACACCAAAAAGAAGGAAGAACAGUUGAAGCUCCUAAAAGAGAAAUAUGGCAUCAAUACAGACCCUCCAAAGUAG